AUAUUUACAUGAUGUACGCACUCGUACUCUAAAAUAAAAAUCGAUUAUCGGUUCGGGUUUUUUUCUUUACCUAUUUUGAACAACUGCACAUGGGAUAGUGUCGGGAUUCCCUAGGCAUACGAGUAGGUAUAAUAAACCGUUGAUCGUAAACAAAACUAGUUUCCUCGCGAACUCUCCACCAUCGUUCGAACUUCGAACCUAUACCAAGACCAUUCUUCGAAUCAUCUUUCAUUCCGUGAAGUUGAGUGCAACGAUUCGCGUUGCGAUGUUUUUCGAAAAUAUGAAGUUCAUAGGAUUAGUUUUUAUUUUUAGUUUGAUUUAUUGCGAUGCUGAUGAAAUUUCUUCUUACCGGUAUAAAAAGCAACAUCAUCGUCUCUGGUGCUUGAACGAUCAAUUCACCUGUAGCCCAACCCAAUGUGUCGACAACUCGGUCCUUUGCGACGGAGUUCACGAUUGCGAAGAUGGUUCCGAUGAAAGUCCAGAACUUUGCAAAUCUAUCAAUCCAAGAUCUUGCAUAUUACCAAAACAAACCUACGACAAGAGCUACAAAGUCAACUGCAACGAACACGAUCUAGGCAAACCAGGCGAAUACGUUCCAGAGCUUUCGCUGCUCAGCUAUGCUUGCAAUCCUGGAUUUACUCGAAACGACGCACCCGACACCCAUUUCCAAUCAUUCUGCUUGAAUGGUACUUGGAUUCCAGCCAUUCCCACGUGUAACAAGCUGUGCAAAAAACCACACAAUCCUCACCUGAAGGCAGUUUGUUAUCACGGUAAUAAAGAGGUGGAAUGCCAGGACGAGCAUAAAUUUGGUGCCAAGCUCCAUCUAUCUUGUACGUUACCCUACCAUUAUCCCAGUCACGAGGAAAUCGUCUGCACAGAAAAUGGCGAAUGGGACGUCAAAGAUGUUAAAUGUAUUGCUGAAUGCGGUAAAUACACAGACGAAGCUGAGCAUCUUUUGAAGGGCAACGAUUUACCUUGGCACGUGAUAAUAAAGAGGAAAAAUCACGACGGCGGUAUCUACGUUUUCUCCGGUACCUUAAUAACGCCGAACUUGAUUCUGACAGUCGCUAGAACUGUAGCUGACCACAACGAUCAUAAAUUACCGCCGGAAGAUUUCGAAGUAAUAGUAAAUAAUCUGCUGGAUCACGAAUAUCAAAAACACUACAAAGUGAAAGAUAUAUUUUUCUCAAAUAGUGGAUUCGCUUCGAAAGAAAACAUAGCCGAAGAAUCGGACGACAUUGCUGUUUUAUAUUUGGCCAAAAAUGUCGAUAUAGAUGCCACCGUGAUGCCAGUCUGCGUUGACUGGACUGGUGUUAAAUUACUUCCUGGAGCAUUGCAGUCGGUUGGAAAGCUGGUACGAACAGGAGAAGAUCACGAUAGUGAAAAACCUACUCAUCAAGACAUGUGCACCGUAGUUAUCGAAGCUUUUGAUUAUAAAACCUGCGUCAAUAAAAUUCCGAAUGGAGCUUUGCAAUACGAUCAAUUCUGUGGAAAUGUCACAGAACACAAAGCAACUGGAGCAUCAGACUGGGGUUCGGGAUACUACGUUGAAAACCCCAAAGACCUGAAAUACUUCAUCAAAGGUAUCCUCAGACUGUCCUACGGAGACGACGGUAUCAAAGUAUUCUCCGAUGUACCCAGCCACAUCGAAUGGAUCGCAAAUAUUCGUCGGAAAAUCGACGACAUCGAGUUUAUAGAAAAUUCUCAUUACGAAUUAGAAUUAGAACACGAUUAUAACUCGGAUUGCGCUCAUUACGACAACUGCCCGUUGAAAUUAAACCAUACAGAUCAUCGUCCUGUUCAUUAUGGUGCUCUCGAGUUGAGCUGCGAACACGGUGAUUUGCAUAUGAAAUUCCAGCAAGGUUGCCAUUUACCUUUCAAGAACUACUCGAACUUCGAGUUCGACGUCAAAUGCCCAUCAAGUCCACACAACGACUUGGAAGCUUACUGUAAACGAUCCAUUGAAGGUGCUUCUGUGCCAGAAUACAGUACUUUGUCUACCCAUUGCAAAUGUGGCCACGCUCAGUUGUCCAAAAAAAUGGAAAAAUCUGUUUGCUUCAAUGGCCAAUGGUUACCAGAACCAGUGCCUUGUAAAAAAACUUGUAGAAAACUGUUCCCCGAAGGAGUACAUUUGAAAUGCAGCUACGAAGGAAAAUUGAUCGAUUGUGAAGAUACGUUGGUUGCUGGAACUCUAGUGCAUUACGAAUGUUAUCCAGGAUACGCUCCAGAGUUCCCAAUCAAGAGUAAAGAAUUGUUAUGUGACGAGGAAGGAGAAUGGAAUGGUCCAUUGCUUCGAUGCAAUCCAGUUUGUGGCAAAGCAUUAGUAAAAACCCCAAGUACGAGUGCCGUAGACGCAAAAUCGACCGACUACAAGGAAUCAUUCCCUUGGCACGUAGCCAUCUACGAUAAGACUAAAAAUUACGAUUUGGUUUGUUCCGGGAGCAUUUUAACCGACAACACUAUCAUAACUGCUGCUCAUUGUUUCUACGAUUCGAAUGAUAAGAAGAGAAAUAUUAGCGAUUUCGUCGUCGCUGUUGCUAAGCUGAGCAGAGAUUUCAAGAUCAAAGAUACGCCGAAAACUCAGUUCUACGAUCUAGAAACACUCUCGAUGAAAAACUACUACGGCGAGGUAUGGAAAUACUUCAACAAUCUAGUCAUCGUAAAAACCAAGACGAAAAUCGCCUUCAACCCGGAAGUAUUCCCGGUUUGCAUGCAGCUCGAUAAACUACUCCCAGCCGGACACCUAUUGCAGACUUCUGGUUGGGGAGGCCAUGAAGGUGGUAAGAAGAUUUCCCAUCUGAAGAUUUCUGAAUUACCUUACAUCACGUUGAAUGACUGUAUCCAUAAAGCUCCGUUAUCUGCAAAACCGUACAUUUUGGAGGAUAAAUCUUGCCUUGGACGUCACAAUGAAAGUAUAGAAAAUUUCGCAGACAGCGGUAGCGGUGUAUUCUACUUCGAUAAAGUAAGCUCGACUUAUCACAUCUUCGGCAUAGCCAACAUGAUGCUUCACGAUUAUCCUUACAUCACCAUUUUCACCAAUACCAACUAUCACGCGAAUUGGAUUCGCUCGACUCAUAGUUCAUUAUCUAGAAGUACGAGUACUCAGCACUAGGUUAAGUUCCUACAAAGAUGAUACGAGUAAUAAGUGGUAUCGAUGGCACGAUACCAUUCACAUUUUUGGCUGAAAAAUCACGCGCUACUUUAAAAAUUUCUUCUGUGAUUUUAGUUUUUAAGUUCCUUAUUUUCUUGUGAAUUUUUCAUUUUUUGAUUUUUUUUUUUACGUUUCAUUUACAAUAUUAUGUAACUUAUAAACUGAUACGAGAAUGCGUGAGAUGAGCUGUAAAAUAAAUUAAUAAAAAUGUUGAUAGACAUAGCUAAUAGAAUUUUGUGUACCAUAGAUAAGCUCAAUAAAAUUAAAUCCGAUCAAGUGAAUCAGACUUUAUCGACAACACGAAAGUAGAUAAGAUUACUCUGUACAACGAAGGUGUACUGAAACUUGCACUGAUUUCUUUCGGUUUUUCAUUCAGUCUUUCUUAUGGAAUACGUAUGUAUUUGAAAAUAUAGAAGUGCGUUUCUAAUUUUAUUUUUUGAAGUGAAAUAAAAAGUUUAUUGACAUGAA